UGUAAAUUAAUUGAAUUUACCACAGGUGGACUCCAAUCAAGUUGUAGAAACAGCUCAAGGAUGAUCAAUGGAAACAGGAUGCACCUGAGCUCAAUGUCGAGUUUCAUACCUAUGUAAGUAAGGUUUUUCAGUUUUUUUUAAAUAAAUGUGCAAUUUUUUUUCUAAAACCUGUUUUUUCCACUUAUGGUGUAUUGUGUCUAGAUUGAUGAGGAAAAACAUAGAUAGAUAGAUAGAGAGAGAGAGAAGAGAGAGAAAAAAAUUGGAUGGUGGAGAAGGAGUUGUGGGCCUCCUAGCAGAGUGACAGCCUUCUCCCCUUCAUCUCUCCUUGAGAAAGCAUUUACUUCAAGUAGAACUGGAGGUAGGACAAGGUGACCCACCACUGGCCACCACAAAUAGCAUUUUUCCUUAUGAGAACUGCCAAAAUAUCCCCACUUGUCAGAACUGUACUUGUUUUACUAUCCUUGUGAGGAUUUCUGAUUCCCACAAGGAUAGUAAAACCACACACACACACAGUCUUGUAUAACUGACCUUCUUGGGACAAACAAUUCAGUCCCAUUCAAAAUUAUAUUUUCCCUAACCCAAAAACCUAACCCUAGAAAUAGCAUUUGACCUUGUGGGGACUAACAAAAUGUCCCCAGUUGAUCAGAUGAGUGUUUCUUUACUAUUCUUAUGGGGACUUCUGGUCCACACAUGUAUACAUAAAAACGUCCACAUGCACACACCUUAUUCUGUCUGCAGGCUGUAAUAACCAGCAGAGUGGAACUCUGUUGCUGAAUUACAAAUCUUGAACCUCCUUCUCUCCCUCACCUUCAGUAGUAUCUGACCCAGAGCAUAACAUAGCCUUAGCUAAGCUCCAUACCAAGGUGGGUUUGGUUCAGACUUCAUUGGUCAGGGUAGCAGCAUGGUGGAGGGUAAGCCGUAUCGGUAUGGUCUGAUCGCAGCGGGGAUGUGUGUGUUGUUAGUCGGUCUGUUCGUUAUGACUCAGGAGCGACCUCACAUCUACGCAACACUCUGCUCUCUGGGGAUCACCAUGAUCACCCUUGGCACCGCGUGGAGCCUCUGCCAGUGCUACCCUAAGGUGGUGUUGAUCUCUCAGAGCCUGGAGGAGAGGGGAGCCAGGGACAGCAUGGAUGCUGCUGCAGGGGAGAAAAACAUCAGUGUUACACUGGCUGGUUUCCAUGAUAACAAGGUCAGCCCUGCCCUGUCUGUCCCUCUGGUCCUCCAGCUCCACUCUUCCCACAGCUGUCCUAUACUACACCUGGCUUGACCUGAAAUAAACAUCUUUUAUGGAUUU